AAUGGUAAUCAUCCUUUAUUUAGGAAGAUAAAAACAACACCCUUUGAUGACAUCAUCACUGUCUACCCUUUGAUGACAUCAUCACUGUGCACCCUUUGAUAACAUCAUCACUACUGUAACACUACUAGGUCACACGCAGACACAUCACAUCUACUGUGAACACCAACAGGGGAGGUCUUGAUAAACCACUCUCAGCGUCUGACGACAUGCUUUCCCGUUUGUUUAAAAAUAAGUACCAACAUUGGUCUAAGGAAUCCCUUUUAGAAGAACUACAAAAGUUUAGCGAUGAAAACACUGAACUGAAGAGAGACAUUGUUAAUGCCAAAGUCAAGCUGCAGGAAAAUAUUGCAACUGCAGUGACAGCUGAAACGUCGGCCUUAAACACAAAAUUAUCAGAUGUAAAUAGAGAAUUUGAUCGGCAUUUGGCAAACGCAUCAGAACUAACCAAAAGAUACAGCAGGCUUGAAGAUGAUUACAGAGACAUUAGCGAUAAAUGUAGAAGAGCUGAAAAGAAACUCAACGAAUUCAAAUCCACCCAUGAAGCCAAUGAGAGUUUGAAGUUGGAAAAUUGCCGUUUAAAAUAUAAAAUUUCAGAGCUUAAUCGGUACACUGAAAGACUUGAACAACAAAAACAGGAUUUGGACAGUAAAGUGCAGAAUCUCACCGAUGAUUUAAAAGAGAAGCGAAGACAAGUGGAGGAAUUAGAGUCAUCUUUUCAAAUAGAAAAGUCGAACUACCACAAGGCAAUGACUGAGGAGAAACUAAGACAGAAUGAAACUAAAUUUCACCAUUUACAGGUUAAAGUGAGAGAUCUUGAAAAUGAUUUGAUGAUAUAUAAGAAACAGACAGCUGAAAAGGAGGAAACAAUACAAGUUUUGACUGAGAAAAACUUGGAUCUGACAGAGAAAAAUAACUUUCACAACGAUUAUUGUGCAAGUAAAAUGAAACUCAUCCAGACACAGAAAGACGAUGAGAUGGUCAAUCUGAAGUCCACGUUGACAAGCUGUCAGAAAAAACAUCAGAAUCUUCUCAAGGAAACAGAGACAUAUAAAGAACUCAUAACACGCCUCAAAGCCAAUUGGUCAAAUGCUCAAGCAGAAAUUCAGCGAUUAGAGAUUGAACUCAAGCAACUCAGAAACACCACUUCAGUGCAGAUGAACCAAAAGAACGAGGAGGCAAAUCAGCUUAAAACGAAAUGUUCCACAUUGCUUCACCAGAUCCAGCAAGUUAAAGAGAACUUAGAGCACUCAGAAAACAAAUUCUUGUUUGCUCGAAAUGAAAGCAGAGAAACCAAAAACAAAAUGAAAAAUAUGGAGAAACAGAAUAAGGAUUUAGCCCGUAAACUCGAGGUUAAGGAGCGGCGACCUACACUGCAAAGAGAACAGCUACAAGAGGCAAAACUCACAGUAAAAGACACUAAAAAGUGUGAAGUACAUGAAAUUAGAAUUGGGGAAUCAGAAAAUAAACGCACGAAGAGAAACUUGAAGCUUUAUGCGAAAAAUCCUGACCAAACAACGCAUCAUUCCGUCGACCGCCUUCCAUCUAUUCAUGAAAACAGCUCAAAUAAAAAACCUGUCCCAAGAUACCCUGGACCCUAUAAGGUCCUUCCACCUAUUAACAGCAGUGAGUCAGGUCCAGUAGACUUCCCCUUCCCACGACCGCCUAAAUUGAAGAAGAAAGAGGGCAUGCUUAUGGUCAAUUUAUAAUCAUUCAACAUAGAAACAAGUCAUGAGACUGAUGUAAAUGUUUCACCCCCACAAAUUAUAUAUCAGAACGCCCGGCUCGACCAUGGGAAGUGUUAUUUCUUUUCUAAGUGAUCGGAUUAACUGUAGGGAAGUUAUUUGCAAUACAUCGUAACAUCUUUCAUUUUAAGUGUACGCCACUCUUAACUUUCAUAACUAUUCAAUUCAGUAUGUACAUGUGUAGAUGGCAGGCCAGCUUAGAGGCAUUUUUACGUGAGCAUGGCCAUUAACUUGUGCCAGCAGGCAGGUCCCUUUUUUAAUUUCUUCAGGGAUUUUUAGGUUUUAUUUUGUUAGCUUUUAUCACAGAGACACAGCUCUAUGGCUGAUUUACACUUCCCCGUCUGCGACAGUGCGGAGACACGCAACACCGUUAUGCAUCGGUGUAAGGGCUCUCCGUUGGGCUCACAGAGGGUGACGGAGACAUGCCCAAAAUGUUUAACAUCCGUCGAAAAUGACGGACAACGCAAGCUUGUGAUUGGUCAGGAUGCCGCUUACCUGUAUAUUGGUCACCAGCACCGCUGUAGCUCAGUUAAAAAGUAAACAGAUAUUUAGCAGCAGAUCCAGAACAAACUGUAGAAUGCAUCGUGGAAAAAGUCAGAAAAUAAUAACAUUUAUUCACCCGUGAGUGCAGGAGUACAAAAUGCGGAGCAAAUGUGGAUGGAAACUACGGGAAAUGUGGGUUUGGAGGUGAGGAUUGCUGUCACGUUGAGAACAGGAGGUUUGGACCCAAAAUGCAGAAAAUCCAGACUACUCAGGCAGGAGCGGUUGAAAAAGUAAAAUCCUGUGAAGUUAAGGACGAUGAACCGCUCUUAGUCUGACCCCUUUCCCAAGUCUGGUUUGUCAUGGGGGCUUUCCUGGGACAAAGCCUCCAGACAACAGGAUCACCACGAUAAGGUGGCGAUUCAGCAGAAGGGGUUUUAUUUCAUAUAAAUUUAUUCAAGAAUAUAAAUGUAAAGUAUAAAUACUAUUUUACAAACAUGUCAGUACGUUAUAAUGUAUAACUAUAAUUAUUGAUGAGUUUAAAAAUAAAACUGCGACAAAAUUCUCAACAAUCUGUCCCAAACAAUCAGAAAACUGUAAGGCAAAACAGUGUGUAUCGAAUGGAGUCACAAGUGGUUGUACUGGUCUCCGGGGUAACCAAGAGUGAUGUCAUAAAGUGCUGUCCUUUGAUCUCUGUAGUUACCAAGUGAUGUAGUACACAUUCUAGAACAUUCGUGCUGCUACUGCUGCUGUUGCUGCUGCCGGCAGGGCCCUUGUUGCUAUGCAUUUGGUGGGAGUUUUGACAUUAAUCGUCUUUAUUAAUAACUCUUAUUGUUCUGUGUGGCAUUUUUUACAUUAGCAAAAAAAUGAUCUUGUGCCAGGUGGCAGGCCCCUUCUUAAAAUUUCUUCAGGAUUUUUCUAGUUUUUAUUAUUCUUUUUUCGUAUGCACUAAUGUGGCUGGAAUAGAAGCAUGCACCCCCAAAAAUCGUACAUCAAAAGGACUGGCUUGGUCGGGAGAGUGCUGGUACUAUUCUUAGCAUUUUGAGUUGCCAUGGCAACGUGAUAAACCAUGCAAUGUUAAUAGACAACUUUUUGUUGUACCUUUAGGGAAUGCUCUUGACUUAUGUUUAUGUUUAUGUAUUUAGCAGGCGCUUUUGUCCAAAGCGACUUACAAGUGACUCCUGUAUAAUCUUUGAUGCUGGCCAUUGGCUACCCAUUUGAUCACGUGAUCACGUUUGAGCGUGUUGAUUUUGACGGAGCUUCCAGAAAGUUUUCUCAAACACCAUCAUCUUGAUCUGAGAGCUCCAGAGAGUUUGGUGUCUUUUUUCUCUCUCUCUCUCUCUUGGGUCUGUUUUUGAGCGA